UGACAAAAACCCUUGUCUGCGCCCAAAAGGAAAGCAGGGUUUUGGGGAGAAAAAUGAGUGGAGCAGGAACACCAGAUUUCUUCUACAGAGAAGCUCAACGCCUUGGGUAUGUAGCUCGCUCUGCUUUCAAGCUUCUUCAGAUACAAAAACAACACAAGUUGAUAACCCCAGGUUCCUCUGUUCUUGACCUUGGUUGCGCUCCUGGUGCUUGGCUCCAGGUUGCUUGCCAGAGCUUGGGUCCUGUAAAGAAUGGUGGGGCUGUUGUGGGUAUUGAUCUCAAGAAGGUGAAAGUCCCUCCUCGUUACUGUGAUUCAAGGGUUCAAACUGUUUGUGCUGAUGUUAUGAAACUCCCCAAAAACCAAGUUAGGGCACUCUCUCCUCGGCAGAAGGGUUUUUCUGUGGUACUCUCAGACAUGUGUCCCUUGGUUUCUGGUAUCACAACUAGAGAUGCGGCUUUAUCUGCGGAGUUAGGAAUGCAAGCACUUGGUCUGGCUGUUGGUCGAGCAGCAACAGCUCAUCUUGAUGAGGAUAUUAGAACAGACAGGCUGUUAAAUGAUUCUGUGCGCGCUGCAGAUGAUAAUGGUAUAUUGCAACCAGGUGGACACCUAGUAAUUAAGCUUCUAGAGAGUGAGGAUAACAAAGAAUUUAGCCGGAUUUGCAAGCCACUCUUCAGAAAGGCAUCAUGGUUGAGGCCCAAGGCCACGAGGUCUUCAUCGAGAGAGAUUUAUUUGAUUUGUCAAGGUCUACGGUCUUAGGCAGACUUUUCUUUGUUGGGCGAUUUUUCUCUUGUUUCUUGGUUUUAACACAGGAAAACAGAAUAGAAUCAAGAGCUUGCUGGUGAAAGGAAAUGUGGAACUCUAUUCUCUUG